AUGAACCUCAAUUUGCUGCUGUUUACAUUCGUCGCGUACUGCGUAACUCUAGGGGCCGCUCAUGGCGGUGAUAUACCGGUUUGCGCUGACGCUUGCUUCUCCGCCGGUAUAACCCUCUCAGGCUGCGCAUUUGAUGACCUUGUCUGUCAAUGCACGGCCAAGAAUGAUUUCAUCUCCAGCUAUGUUACGACUUGUCUCUUCACGACACAUCCUUGCUCAACCACCGAUCUUGCUCAGGUCCAAGGCGCCGCUCACAGACUCUGUGCCAGCGCACUAGCCAACGCGAGCCUCAUCAACUCCUGGCCCGUGGCUACUGCGACUUCCACUCCUUCUGCGACCGCCAACAGCACCGGCGCAAACAUUACUUCCACCGCCCAAUCUUCCGCAUCCGCAACCUACAGCCAUAAACACUCAGCCACCAGCUCGCCAACCGCCGCUCCCAGCAACGACGCCGUUUCAGGCUCUCUCAGCACUGGCGCAAAAGCCGGCAUCGGCGUCGGAGCCGGCUCCCUCGCUCUCUCGGCGGCGCUUCUGUUCUACCUGCGAUGGCGACGGCGGCGCCGACCCAAACAUGCUUAUUCUCUCGGCGACUCAGACUCGACCGAGCAGGUUACCACCAGACCUUCAUCUGCGCCGCCGGAGCUCAAGCUGCUGGAGCUUGGCGCAUUCGAGAAGCCGCUUGAGUUUGAGGCGUUGGAGAGACCGGUGGAGCUGGAGGCAAGGGAGAGGCCGUUGGAGCUUAGGGAUACCUCUCGCAUUGCGGAGCUGCCGGGGUAG